AUGGCUUUUUCAAAUAGGAAUAAUGUACGAAGAAAAUCUACUUAUCAUAUCGAUAUUAAUGCUGAUGGAGGCGCUGAAGUCAAAUUAAAAGAUGUUCAAGCGGUUACAGAUGAUGACAGUGACAUAGAAGUGGUUUCUACCGAUGAAAAUUCUCGUCGAUAUCGCAUUUUGGAAGAAAGUCAACUUAUCGGCAAAUAUGUUGUCGAUUUUGACGAAACGCAGGACAAUACAUUUUGUAUUAUUGUCAGGCGAUUUGGCUCUUAUGAAGUUUAUCGAUUUAAUACAGCCAAGUCCCUUUUUGUGCUCGAACCUGAUAAUUGGAUUCGAUACCUGGCUGUUAAGAUUAUGACUAAUCAAUAUCCAUUUUAG